UGUUUCAAUAGUUUCAGUGAUCUCUCAAACCGUUUGGCGAAAAGUUUAAUUAACUUUUAGUUUAAUUAAAAAUAGUUUAAUUAAUUAAAUUAAACCAAAAAAAUAAUAAUGGCCAAAACAAACGAUGACAAUCUAUCGCUGGUUAUACACAAAAAGGGUGACUUACGGUUAGAGCAGACACCCAUUCCCACCAAUUUGGGACCCAAUGACGUGUUGUGCAAAACCCAUUCGUGCGGCAUAUGUGGCACUGAUAUCCACUAUUGGGUGCACGGAUUUAUGAGCAGUUUUGUGGUCAAAGAACCGCUAAUACUUGGCCACGAGGUGAGCGCACUGGUC